CUCAACCAUAUCUCUCAUUUAAACAUCCUAGUCUAUUUUCUUACGAAAUAAAUUUUCGUAUGUAAAAAUUUAAGACACUCGAGACACGAUAUAUCGCUCGCCAAAGCAAAAUCGAUUUGCGUUGAAAGUUUAUUUUGACGAAAAGUAUAGCCAAUCCAGGUAACGAAAUGGGUCUCUUUGGGAAAUCCCAGGAUAAAAAUCCAAAAGAUAUGGUUAAUGAGUGGGCACAUAAACUAAGAAAAGAAGGUUAUCAGAUUGAUAGACAGGUUAGAGCAAUCCAAAGAGAAGAAGAAAAAGUCAAAAAGACAUUGAAAGAAGCUGCUAAGAAAGGUGAUAAAGAUGUCUGCAAGAUUUUAGCCAAAGAAGUCAUUAGAGCAAGAAAAGCUUGUCAGAAGUUACAUACCUCAAAAGCCCACCUGAAUUCAGUUACCUUACAAAUGAAAAAUCAGUUAGCAACAAUCAGAGUAGCUGGCUCUCUAUCAAAAUCAACAGAAGUGAUGCAAGCUAUGCAAGCACUUGUUAAAGUUCCAGAGGUUGCUACAACAAUGCGAGAUCUGUCCAAAGAAAUGAUGAAAGCUGGUAUUAUCGAGGAAAUGAUGGAUGAAACUAUGGAUUCUAUGGAGGAUUCUGAGGAAGUAGAAGAAGCCGCUGAUGAAGAAGUUGAUAAAAUUUUGUGGGAAGUUACUGCUGGACAAAUGGGAAGGGCACCAGAUGUUAUCACAGAAAUACCUGGAGCUUCUGCUUCAAAAGAAGAAGAGCCAGCAGAAGAAUUGAGUGAUGACAACGAAUUAGAAGAAAUGAAAAAUAGGUUACAAAGUCUUAGGAGUUAGACAGUCUUUCCUAAGUAGCCUAACUACUUAAUUUGUCUGUCACCUUUCAAAAAGUAUCUUCACAGUUUUGAGAGAUUUAGAAUAACUAAAGCUUUGCAAUAUGUUGAACGAAGUAUUAAAUGCUUAUACAAAGAUAGCUUUAUGAUCUUGUCUAAUCGAUGAUUACAUUUUUCAUGUUUAUUGUUUUUAACAUUUAUAUUGAUUUGAAGGUACUGUUGAAAUAUAAAAUAACAAAUUACCUGAAUUUAUAGAUGAUGUUUGAAUAUUUAACAGUUAUUAAUACUUGAGAUCGAUAAGAUUUUCUAAUUUUAUGUAUUAAUUAAUCAGCAAAAAGACAAAUAAGUAUUCAUAGCUUUGAUAUGUGCAUGAACUUUGUACACUAAUGUAAAGUGCUAUGCAGCAACUUGUUGAGUAACUCACAAAUGUAAAUAUUGUAUGUAUACUGGCCUUUUCUGGCAUAACAAAACAAUUUUGAAAAAUUUAUUAAUUUUGAAAUAUUUCUGAUUCAAUUGAUUAAUCAUGAAAAUAUUCAGGUGAUAUUUGAUUUAAAGAUCAUCCAUUCUGUAUGUACAUUGUACAAAUUAUAUAAAGUAGUUCUAUCACUGAAUCAUAAGUCGGUAAUUUAUUACUAUAAUUGCUGUGACAUGAUAUAUUUAUAUAUAAAUGAUAAGUCAUAAGCAAUUUAAUUUUUAAUAAGAAUUUAUUUAUUUUCAAGCAAUGUUUUGAAUGUGUUUUACAUUAUACACAAUAAUUAUAAUAAAUUCCAAUAACGAACCUUCCAA